AUGACAUCCCUGGGCUCUGUCAUUCGGAAACAUGGCUUUUCCUACCACUGCUAUGCAGACGACACUCAACUCCAAUUGUCGAUCCACCCUGAUGAUCCUACGGUUUCUGCCCGCAUCUCGGCAUGCCUGAGGGACAUCCAGAGGUCCGGACCAGAUCCUCGUCAUCUAUCCACAAUUUGCAGCACAUGGGGAAAUUUCCACUUCAAGACAUUUGAUGGUCAUUUCUUUCAAAUGGCUGACACAUGUGACUACGUUCUGGCGGUGAUGUGCGACACAACUGCUUCUGAUUUUAACAUCCAAAUGCAAAGAAAGUUUGUGAAUGGCUCAGCCUCUUUUAAGUCAGUCACUAUACAGCUGCAGGGGACGGUCAUCAAACUCAGUGAUGGCAAAAUACUCAUGGACGACCAAGAGUUAACUAUUCCAACCUUUGAACAUGGAAUUAAAAUCGAGGGAAGCUCAUCAAGUGUAAAGAUUUCUAAACAAAAUGGAGUCACUGUCUUUUGGGAAGAGGCGCAGUCUUUACUGAUUGAACUUCCUGAGAAAUACCGAGGGCAGACUUGCGGACUUUGUGGAAACUUCAAUGGCAACCAAGUCGAUGAUAUUAGUUAUGAUCUGGCCGCAUGGAAGGUGGCUACAGUAGAAUCCUGUGAAGAUGUCACACUUCCCCAAGACGAUCAGUGUCAAAGCAAGGGAAACGUUUGUCAAGAGUAUCUCAGCAGUUCAGGGUUAUAUGACUGUCGCCACGUGUUGGACUUAAGUUACUUUGAGAAAGCCUGCGCAGAUGACCUGUGUCAGUGUCACGGCAACCAGGAGUGUAUCUGCAACACGCUUACAGAGAUAUCACGACAGUGCACACAUGCUGGUGGCAAGCCGGGAACAUGGAGAACAGAGGAAUUAUGUCCAAAGACAUGUCCACUAAACAUGGUAUACAUGGAGUGUGCUGGCCCAUGCAAAAAUACCUGCUCGGAUCCAGGUGGAAGUCCGCAGUGUACAGAACACUGUGUAGAUGGCUGUUUCUGCCCUGAAGGCACUGUGGAAGACAAUAUUGGUAACAGUGGUUGCGUUCCUAUAAACAAAUGUCCAUGUAUGCACGACGGCACAAUAUACCAGACUGGAGAGUCAUACGAGCAAGCGUGUAAACAAUGCGAGUGUGCUGCUGGACGCUGGAGUUGCACGGAUCUGGACUGUCCUGGAAUCUGCUCUGUUGUGGGAGGCUCUCACAUCACCACUUAUGAUGGAAAAACCUUCAGCUUUAAUGGCAACUGUGACUACAUCCUCACUAAGCACUCUAAUGACAGUGACAUCGCUGUUAUUGGAAAUCUGGCAAAGUGUGAUUUGAUGAGAACAGGCACGUGUUUGAAUUCUGUUACAAUUGUCAUCUCCGGGACCACUAUUAGUUUUUCAUCCAGUGGGACUGUCACACUAAACGGAAACAGUCCAUAUGAUCUUCCAGUUUCCACAGAACAUGUAGUCAUCUUUCAGCCCUCUUCUUCCUUCAUUAUCGCUGAUAUGAAGAGUCUUCGUCUGGAGAUUCAACUGUCUCCAAUUAUGCAAUUGUAUAUUGUAGCCAGCACUACAGAGAAAGGCAAAAUGAGUGGUCUGUGUGGGAAUUAUAACGAUAUCCAGAAAGAUGACUUUAAAACAGCUUCAGGCAUUAUUGAAGGAACACCAACAACCUUUGUCAACUUUUGGAAAAAAAACCUAUACGGUUGUCCAGAUGUUGAAAACGCAUUUGACAACCCCUGCAGUCUAAGUGUAGAAACAGAGAAACUUGCAAAAGACUGGUGUUCGCAUCUCACUGACCCAAAUGGAACCUUCUCCUCUUGUCAUUCAGAAAUCUCUCCAGAGAAAUAUUAUACAAACUGUGUUUAUGACACCUGUAAGUGUGCUGAUGUCAGCAACUGUUACUGUGCGGCCCUCUCCGCCUAUGCCCAUGCAUGUGCCGCAAGAGGGAUCAUUCUCCAGGGCUGGCUGGAUUCGUACCCCUGUGUGUCUGAGUGUUCAGACCAUAUGAAGUACUCUUACAGCGUCACCAGUUGUAGCAACACCUGCCGUUCUCUUAGUGGAAAGGACCACACCUGCAAAGUGUUUACACCUGUAGAAGGCUGCAUUUGUCCCGAGGGUACCUAUCUUAACGAUGCAGGCAGCUGUGUGCAUGCUGACCAGUGCCCUUGUUACUAUGACAACCAGGUCAUAGACCCAUCAGGAUCUUUAAACAUAGAUGGUUUUAAAUGCACCUGCACUCAUGGCCAGUUACACUGCUCCAGUCAUCAAGACUGUGUUGAUCCAAUGGUCUAUUUCAACUGCUCCAGUGAACCUGGACAAAAAGGCACAGAGUGUCAGAGGACAUGUCAGAACCAAGACCCAAACAACUGUGUGAGCACAGGGUGUGUAUCAGGUUGUAUGUGCCCAGAUGGCUUUCUGGUUGAUGGUAAUGGUGGAUGUGUGAAGAAGCAAGACUGCAAGUGUACCCACAAUGGAGUAAACUACUCACCUGGGGAGCAGGUCCAACAAGACUGUAACAACUGCACAUGCAAAAAUGGUAUGUGGGCUUGUACAGAAAAUGAAUGUUACGGCACCUGUACCAUCUAUGGUGAAGGUCAUUUUAGGACUUUUGAUGGCAAGAGAUAUUCUUACUACGGAACUUGCCAGUACAUCUUGGCACAGGAUCACUGCGAUGUACAGAGCAGUUCCUCUUUCAGCCUUGUAACUGAGAACAUCCCAUGUGAAAGCACCAACUCCAUUUGCUCCACAUCCAUCAGUCUGGUUGUUGGGAGAUACACGAUAAUCUUAGGGUCUGAAGAUAAGGUCAAAGUUGUUGAAGGAAAUGGAACUGAUCACAAAUAUCAAAUCUAUUCUGCUGGGAUAUAUACUGUCAUAGAGGUAGAAAAGAUGUUAAACUUAAUCUGGGAUCGCAAAACAAGCCUUAUGCUUCAACUCCAUCAGAAUCUAAAGGGCGAAGUGUGUGGACUGUGUGGAAACUUUGACGGCAACGCCAAUAAUGACAUUGUGAAAAAAGAUGGAGAAGAGGUCACUGAUGUGGUGGUGUUUGGAAAUAGCUGGAAAGUGAGUGCAAGCUGCCCAGAAGUGAACAGUUUGAUAAACCCCUGUGAGAAAAACCCUCACCGGAGUGCCUGGGCUCAUAAGAAAUGCAGCCACAUUACAAGCGAUGUCUUUACAGAUUGCCAUUCACUAGUGGACUCUGCCCCAUACUAUGAUGCCUGUGUGAGGGACACCUGUGCAUGUGAUUCUGGGGGAGACUGUGAUUGUUUGUGUACAGCAUUGUCUGCUUAUGCUGCUGAAUGCCGUAAAAGGGGAGCCUGCGUGACAUGGCGCAGCCAAGAAAUUUGUCCUUUAUUCUGUGACUACUACAACAGUGAUGAAGAAUGUGUAUGGCACUAUAAAAACUGUAGCUCAACCUGCAUGAAAACCUGCAAAAACCGCUUAGGAGAAUGCUCUAAGAAUGCAAAACAAAUACCCCCCCUUGAAGGAUGUUUUCCUCAGUGCCCUUCAGACAGGCCAUAUUUCAGGGAGGACAUUAUGAAAUGUGUUCCGGAGGAAACAUGUAAAUAUUGUUUAUAUGACAAUAAGAUAUAUCCCCCUGGAACUGUAGUUUACAGCACCACUGAUGGAAGUGAUACUUGUUUCAGUGGGACAUGUUUAUCAAAUGGGGAAAUUGAAAGACAUAUUUUUAAAUGCAUACAUACACCAACUCCCACACCUUUCGUUUUUUCAACUACAACUGUCACCACUACACCCACAACAACAAAGACAUCUAUGAGCACAACAACAGAAACACCAACGACAACAACAACUACUACCACAACAACAACUACUGAAACACCCACAACAACAGAGACACCAACAACAACAACCACUCCUACAACAACAACUACUGAAACACCAACACCAGAGACAACAACAUCCACAACCAGUCCUACAACAAUUACUGUAACACCAACAACUACUGUAACACCAACCCCCACAGCAACAGAAACAACAACGUCCAGAAUGACUACUACAACAACGACUACUGAAAGACCAACACCCUGUUACCCCAACAUCUGUAACUGGUCACCCUGGAUUGACAGCAACCCACGCAGUACAGAACCUUAUGGGUUUGAAACAGAAUCCAUCGAUAAAUUGUGGAAAUCAGAACAAAUUUCCUGUCAGAACCCUGAAGAUAUUGAAUGUAGAGCUGUAGAUUAUCCAGGACAAUCAUUGGAAUCUUUAGGACAAAAAGUGUAUUGCAAUACAUCCUUUGGACUGACAUGUUCAAAUAGAGAAAAUUUAAAUUUGAACAGCAUACCACCACUCUGUUAUAAUUAUGAAAUACGUGUAAAAUGUUGUAAUUCUUGCACAACAACAGAGACCGCAACAUCCACAACCACUCCUACAACAACUACUUUAACACCAACGGAGACAACAACAUCCACAACCACUCCUACAACAACAACUACUGAAACACCAACCUCCACAACACCAGAGACAACAACAUCCACAACCACUCCUACAACAAGUACUGUAACACCAACACCCACAACACCAGAGACAACAACAUCCACUACCACUGCUACAACAACAACUACUGAAACACCAACAGCAACAGAGACAACAACAUCCACUACCACUGCUACAACAACAACAACAACAACUACUACUGAAACACCAACACCUAUAACACCAGAGACAACAACAUCCACAACCACUCCUACAACAACAACAACUGAAACACCAACACCCACAACACCAGAGACAAUAACAUACACAACCUCUCCUACAACAACUACUGUAACACCAACAAAGACAACAACAUCCACAACCACUCCUACAACAACUACUGAAAAGACAACAACACCCACAACCACUCCUACAACAACAACUACUGAAACACCAACACCCACAACACCUGAGACAACAACACCAACAACCACUCCUACAACAACAACUACUGAAACACCAACACCCACAACACCUGAGACAACAACAUCCACAACCAUUCCUACAACAACUACUGUAACACCAACAGCAACAGAGACAACAACAUCCACUACCACUCCUACAACAACAACAACUACUACUACUGAAACACCAACACCUAUAACACCAGAGACAACAACAUCCACAACCACUCCUACAACAACAACUACUGAAACACCAACACCCACAACACCAGAGACAACAACAUCCACAACCUCUCCUACAACAAUUACUGUAACACCAACACCUACAGGACCAGAGACAACAACAUCCACAACCACUCCUACAACAACAACUACUGAAACACCAACCCCCACAACAACCGAAACAACAACAUCCACUUUGACUACGACUUCUACAACAACAACUACUGAAACACCAACCCCCUGUUACCCCAACAUCUGUAACUGGUCACCCUGGAUUGACAGCAACCCACGCAGUACAGAACCUUAUGGGUUUGAAACAGAAUCCAUCGAUAAAUUGUGGAAAUCAGAACAAAUUUCCUGUCAGAACCCUGAAGAUAUUGAAUGUAGAGCAGUAGAUUAUCCAGAACAAUCCUUGGAAUCUUUAGGACAAAAAGUGUAUUGCAAUACAUCCUUUGGACUGACAUGUUCAAAUAGAGAAAAUUUAAAUUUGAACAGCAUACCACCACUCUGUUACAACUAUGAAAUACGUGUAAAAUGUUGUAAUUCUUGCACAACACAAGAGACAACAACAUCCACAACCACUCCUACAACAACAACAACUACUGAAACUCCAACACCCACAACACCAGAGACAACAACAUCCACAACCACUCCUACAACAACUACUGUAACACCAACAGCAACAGAGACAACAACAUCCACAACAACUACUGUAACACCAACAGCAACAGAGACAACAACAUCCACAACCACUCCUACAACAACAACUACUGUAACACCAACAGCAACAGAGACAACAACAUCCACAACAACUACUGUAACACCCACAACACCAGAGACAACAACAUCCACAACUACUCCUACAACAAUUACUGUAACACCAACACCUACAGGACCAGAGACAACAACAUCCACAACCACUACUACAACAACAACAACAACAACAACUACUACUACUGAAACACCAACACCUAUAACACCAGAGACAACAACAUCCACAACCACUCCUACAACAACAACUACUGAAACACCAACACCCACAACACCAGAGACAACAACAUCCACAACCUCUCCUACAACAAUUACUACAACAACAUCCACAACCAGUCCUACAACAACUACUGUAACACCAACCCCCACAACAACCGAAACAACAACAUCCACAUUGACUACGACUUCUACAACAACUACUACUGAAACUCCAACACCUACAGGACCAGAGACAACAACAUCCACAACCACUCCUAUAACAACAACUACUGAAACACCAACCCCCACAACAACCGAAACAACAACAUCCACAUUGACUACGACUUCUACAACAACAACUACUGAAACACCAACCCCCACAACACCAGAGACAACAACAUCCACUACCACUCCUACAACAACAACAACAACUACUGUAACACCAACACCUACAGGACCAGAGACAACAACAUCCACAACCACUCCUACAACAACAACUACUGAAACACCAACCCCCACAACAACCGAAACAACAACAUCCACAUUGACUACGACUUCUACAACAACAACUACUGAAACACCAACACCCUGUUACCCCAACAUCUGUAACUGGUCACCCUGGAUUGACAGCAACCCACGCAGUACAGAACCUUAUGGGUUUGAAACAGAAUCCAUCGAUAAAUUGUGGAAAUCAGAACAAAUUUCCUGUCAGAACCCUGAAGAUAUUGAAUGUAGAGCAGUAGAUUAUCCAGAACAAUCCUUGGAAUCUUUAGGACAAAAAGUGUAUUGCAAUACAUCCUUUGGACUGACAUGUUCAAAUAGAGAAAAUUUAAAUUUGAAUAGCAUACCACCACUCUGUUACAACUAUGAAAUACGUGUAAAAUGUUGUAAUUCUUGCACAACACAAGAGACAACAACAUCCACAACCACUCCUACAACAACAAAUACUGAAACACCAACACCCACAACACCAGAGACAACAACAUCCACAACCACUCCUACAAUAACUACUGUAACACCAACAGCAACAGAGACAACAACAUCCACAACCACUCCUACAACAACAACUAUUGAAACACCAACACCCACAACACCAGAGACAACAACAUCCACAACCUCUCCUACAACAACAACUACUGAAACACCAACACCCACAACAACAGAGACAACAACAUCCACAACCUCUCCUACAACAACAACUACUGAAACACCAACACCCACAACACCAGAGACAACAACAUCCACAACCACUCCUACAACAACAACUACUGAAACACCAACCCCCACAACACCAGAGACAACAACAACACCAGAGACAACAACAUCCACUACCACUCCUACAACAACAACAACAACAUCCACAACCACUCCUACAACAACAACUACUGAAACACCAACCCCCACAACAACCGAAACAACAACAUCCACAUUGACUACGACUUCUACAACAACAACUACUGAAACACCAACCCCCACAACACCAGAGACAACAACAUCCACUACCACUCCUACAACAACAACAACAACUACUGUAACACCAACACCUACAGGACCAGAGACAACAACAUCCACAACCACUCCUACAACAACAACUACUGAAACACCAACCCCCACAACAACCGAAACAACAACAUCCACAUUGACUACGACUUCUACAACAACAACUACUGAAACACCAACACCCUGUUACCCCAACAUCUGUAACUGGUCACCCUGGAUUGACAGCAACCCACGCAGUACAGAACCUUAUGGGUUUGAAACAGAAUCCAUCGAUAAAUUGUGGAAAUCAGAACAAAUUUCCUGUCAGAACCCUGAAGAUAUUGAAUGUAGAGCAGUAGAUUAUCCAGAACAAUCCUUGGAAUCUUUAGGACAAAAAGUGUAUUGCAAUACAUCCUUUGGACUGACAUGUUCAAAUAGAGAAAAUUUAAAUUUGAAUAGCAUACCACCACUCUGUUACAACUAUGAAAUACGUGUAAAAUGUUGUAAUUCUUGCACAACACAAGAGACAACAACAUCCACAACCACUCCUACAACAACAAAUACUGAAACACCAACACCCACAACACCAGAGACAACAACAUCCACAACCACUCCUACAAUAACUACUGUAACACCAACAGCAACAGAGACAACAACAUCCACAACCACUCCUACAACAACAACUAUUGAAACACCAACACCCACAACACCAGAGACAACAACAUCCACAACCUCUCCUACAACAACAACUACUGAAACACCAACACCCACAACAACAGAGACAACAACAUCCACAACCUCUCCUACAACAACAACUACUGAAACACCAACACCCACAACACCAGAGACAACAACAUCCACAACCACUCCUACAACAACAACUACUGAAACACCAACCCCCACAACACCAGAGACAACAACAUCCACUACCACUCCUACAACAACAACAACAACUACUGAAACACCAACACCUACAGGACCAGAGACAACAACAUCCACAACCACUCCUACAACAACAACUACUGAAACACCAACCCCCACAACACCAGAGACAACAACAUCCACUACCACUCCUACAACAACAACAACAACAACUACUGUAACACCAACACCUACAGGACCAGAGACAACAACAUCCACAACCACUCCUACAACAACAACUACUGAAACACCAACCCCCACAACACCAGAGACAACAACAUCCACUACCACUCCUACAACAACAACAACAACUACUGUAACACCAACACCUACAGGACCAGAGACAACAACAUCCACAACCACUCCUACAACAACAACUACUGAAACACCAACCCCCACAACAACCGAAACAACAACAUCCACAUUGACUACGACUUCUACAACAACAACUACUGAAACACCAACACCCUGUUACCCCAACAUCUGUAACUGGUCACCCUGGAUUGACAGCAACCCACGCAGUACAGAACCUUAUGGGUUUGAAACAGAAUCCAUCGAUAAAUUGUGGAAAUCAGAACAAAUUUCCUGUCAGAACCCUGAAGAUAUUGAAUGUAGAGCAGUAGAUUAUCCAGAACAAUCCUUGGAAUCUUUAGGACAAAAAGUGUAUUGCAAUACAUCCUUUGGACUGACAUGUUCAAAUAGAGAAAAUUUAAAUUUGAAUAGCAUACCACCACUCUGUUACAACUAUGAAAUACGUGUAAAAUGUUGUAAUUCUUGCACAACACAAGAGACAACAACAUCCACAACCACUCCUACAACAACAAAUACUGAAACACCAACACCCACAACACCAGAGACAACAACAUCCACAACCACUCCUACAAUAACUACUGUAACACCAACAGCAACAGAGACAACAACAUCCACAACCACUCCUACAACAACAACUAUUGAAACACCAACACCCACAACACCAGAGACAACAACAUCCACAACCACUCCUACAACAACUACUGUAACACCAACAGCAACAGAGACAACAACAUCCACAACCACUCCUACAACAACAACUACUGAAACACCAACCCCCACAACACCAGAGACAACAACAUCCACUACCACUCCUACAACAACAACAACAACUACUGAAACACCAACACCCACAACACCAGAGACAACAACAUCCACAACCACUCCUACAACAACUACUGAAACACCAACACCCACAACACCAGAGACAACAACAUCCACAACCACUCCUACAACAACAACUACUGAAUCACCAACACCCACAACAUCAGAGACAACAACAUCCACAACCACUCCUACAACAACAACUACUGAAACACCAACCCCCACAACACCAGAGACAACAACAUCCACAACCACUCCUACAACAACAACUACUAAAACACCAACACCCACCACACAAGAGACAACAACAUCCACAAACUCUCCUACAACAAUUACUGUAACACCAACACCUACAGGACCAGAGACAACAACAUCCACAACCACUCCUACAACAACAACUACUGAAACACCAAUCCCCACAACAACCGAAACAACAACAUCCACAUUGACUACGACUUCUACAACAGCAACUACUGAAACACCAACACCCUGUUACCCCAACAUCUGUAACUGGUCACCCUGGAUUGACAGCAACCCACGCAGUACAGAACCUUAUGGGUUUGAAACAGAAUCCAUCGAUAAAUUGUGGAAAUCAGAGCAAAUUUCCUGUCAGAACCCUGAAGAUAUUGAAUGUAGAGCAGUAGAUUAUCCAGAACAAUCCUUGGAAUCUUUAGGACAAAAAGUGUAUUGCAAUGCAUCCUUUGGACUGACAUGUUCAAAUAGAGAAAAUUUAAAUUUGAAUAGCAUACCACCACUCUGUUACAACUAUGAAAUACGUGUAAAAUGUUGUAAUUCUUGCACAACACCAGAGACAACAACAUCCACAACCACUCCUACAAUAACUACUGUAACACCAACAGCAACAGAGACAACAACAUCCACUUCCACUCCUACAACAACAACAACAACUACUGAAACACCAACCCCCACAACACCAGAGACAACAACAUCCACAACCACUCCUACAACAACUACUGUAACACCAACAGCAACAGAGACAACAACAUCCACUACCACUCCUACAACAACAACAACAACAACAACUACUGAAACACCAACCCCCACAACACCAGAGACAACAACAUCCACAACCACUCCUACAACAACUACUGUAACACCAACACCAACAGAGACAACAACAUCCACAACCACUCCUACAACAACAACUACUGAAACACCAACCCCCACAACAACAGAGACAACAACAUCCACAACCACUCCUACAACAACUACUGUAACACCAACACCAACAGAGACAACAACAUCCACAACCACUCCUACAACAACAACUACUGAAACACCAACCCCCACAACACCAGAGACAACAACAUCCACAACCACUCCUACAACAACAACAACAACAACUACUGAAACACCAACCCCCACAACACCAGAGACAACAACAUCCACAACCACUCCUACAACAACUACUGUAACACCAACAGCAACAGAGACAACAACAUCCACUACCACUCCUACAACAACAACAAUUACUGAAACACCAACACCCACAACACCAGAGACAACAACAUCCACAACCACUCCUACAACAACAACAACAACAACAACUACUGAAACACCAACCCCCACAACACCAGAGACAACAACAUCCACAACCACUCCUACAACAACUACUGUAACACCAACAGCAACAGAGACAACAACAUCCACUACCACUCCUACAACAACAACAAUUACUGAAACACCAACCCCCACAACACCAGAGACAACAACAUCCACAACCACUCCUACAACAACUACUGUAACACCAACAGCAACAGAGACAACAACAUCCACUACCAUUCCUACAACAACAACAACAACUACUGAAACACCAACCCCCACAACACCAGAGACAACAACAUCCACAACCACUCCUACACCAACAAUUACUGAAACGCCAACCCCCACAACACCAGAAACAACAACAUCCACAGCCACUCCUACAACAACUUCUGAAACACCAACACCUAUAACACCAGAGAAAACAAAAUCCACAUCAACAACAUCCACAACCACUCCAACAACAACAACUUCUGAAACUCCAACAACCACAACAACAGAGACACCAACAAUAACAACCAUUACUAUGACAACAACUACUGUAACACCAACACCAACAGAGACACCAACAACAACAACUACUACUACUACCACAACAACUACUGAAACACCAACACCUACAGCAACAAAGACACCAACCACAACCCCAUUAAUUAUACGUACACAUUCAACAACCCCCCAAAUAACACACCAUCAAGUUUGCAGCUGCACAUACUUGAAUGAAACUUUCCUACCAAACUCUACGAUCUACAAUGUAACAGACAAAGCGGGUUGGUGCUUCUUUGCUUAUUGCAACGCCUCUUGUGAUACUGUAAAAUGGACUGGACCAUGUAACCCGCACCCGCCUCAACCACCUCCCAAAAACUGUGAAAACAACCAUAAGCAUGGGGAUUCAUGGAUAGAAGAUUGUAAGAACAAAACCUGUGUUAAUGGUGAAAUUAAGGUUCAACCUCUACCAUGUGAGAAAUCCAGUAUACCUCAAUGUGUAAAUGGUCUAAAUCCUGUGUUUUAUGACAGCUGCUGCCCCAAAUAUGAGUGCCCAUGUCAAUGCUAUGGCUGGGGUGACCCUCAUUUCUUAACCUUUGAUGGAAAAUACUAUGAUUUUCAAGGAAACUGUACCUAUGUGUUGAUGCAAGAAAUCAUACCAAAAUACAAUAUCAGUAUCCAUGUUAAAAACUAUUACUGUGAUGUUAAAAACCAUCUGGCUUGCCCUGAGUAUAUAAUAGUAUAUUACAAAUCCUAUACUGUCAAGAUUACUAACACAGAAGUGAUAGAGGUGUUUGUUGAUGGUGAUAAAAAACAACUUACAUUCGCAAACGAAGCCUUCAUUAUCACCUCAUCCGGUAUGUCUGUGAUUUUGAAAAUUGCUGAAAUCAAAGCAGAAGUUCAAGUUACUCGCAAGGGUUUUUCAGUGAACCUCCCAUUCUCCUACUUUCAUGGUAAUACAGAGGGACAGUGUGGUGUUUGUGACAACAAUACCUCAAAUGACUGCAGACUUCCUAAUGGAACAAUUAACCAAUCGUGUGAGUACAUGGCAGGAUUGUGGGCAGUACAACCAAACUGCACAACCCCACCACCCCAACCAAAGCCUCCAACUCCUGACUGCAAACCAAAAAUAUGUGAUGUCAUCAAGAGCAACUUGUUCAAAAGCUGUCAUCAGUUAAUUCCUCCAGAAGGCUUUUAUCAGGCAUGCAAAUAUGAUGUGUGCCACAAGAACGAUACGUCUAUUGGCUGUCAGAGCGUGGAGGCCUACGCCAAGUUGUGUGGUCAGCAGUCUGCCUGUAUCGACUGGAGAAAUUCUGCAGAUCUUCAAGGGCUAUGUGCAUACAAAUGCCCCAGUAACAAGGUAUACAAGGCUUGUGGGCCUAAAGUGGAAAAAACCUGCAGUACAUGGUACAAUGAUAAAAUCGCAAAGGAUGAAUGCCAUAAUAAAGACUGCCGUGCAGAGGUCAUGGAAGGCUGUUUCUGUCCUAAUAACACAUAUCUGGUUAGUUCGAUGACAGAUGAAUGCACACCUUACUGCGAUUGCAUUGACUCUGAUGGGAUAUCUAGAAAGCCCGGAGAUACAUGGAAUUCAAGCUGUAACACAUAUACAUGCUCCAAUGAGAGCUUUGGUAUUGUGUCAGAACCUAUGAAGUGUCCAAAUAUAACCUGUCCUAAUGGGUACAAAUCAGUUACUGAAAACUGCUGCCCAACCUGCGUUUGUGAUACUCAGAAGUGUUUUGAGAAGAGAUGUGAUAUUGGAUAUGAGCUGGCAGCAAAUAAAACAAAGGACAGCUGCUGUCCACCCUGUGUGCCUAAAGAUGUUUGUGUGUAUAACAACACUGAGUACCUGCCUGGGGUUAACAUCCCAACAGAUCCCUGCAAGCAAUGUAACUGUGGAAUGGAUAAAGAUCCAAAUACAAAGUUACAUACGGUUACUUGUGUCGAUCUAACCUGCACACCUUGUGCUGAGGGCUUUGAAGAGGUGAAAGUGGAAGGACAGUGUUGUGCAUUAUGUAAGCAAAAAGCUUGCAUAUACGAUGCACCAAACAACACCAAACUAAUUAUCCAGGUUGGAGAAGUGCUCACACAGAAAUGUGAGAGCAUUUCCUGUCAGCGGAUUAAUGACACGUUUGUGCCGGUGAAGGCCGUGAAAACCUGCCCUGAAUACAAUUCAAAUGAAUGUGUCCCUGGAAGCGAGACAUCAGAUGCAGAUGGAUGCUGCAAGACAUGUGAGCACAGUAACUGUGUUCGAGUGAGGAAUACGACCCAAAUCCUUGUUAAUGGCUGCACCUCCAUUGGGCCUAUAGAAGUGACUUCCUGCAGUGGUCACUGUGACACCCAGUCAAUGUAUUCAAUUGAGGCUAACAAAAUGAUGCACAGCUGCUCUUGUUGCCGAGAGAGUAAAAUCAGCACUAAACAAGUGAAGCUGAAGUGUCCCGAUAACAGCGAGAUCACGUACAGCUACGGCUACACUGAGAGCUGUGAAUGCACACCAACAAAGUGCAUAGAUUAGAAUACUUCUCGCAUAAAAUGUCUUUCAGUUUUUGCCUUGAUUACUGUUGAUUUAAACAUUAUCUGUUGAAUAAGAAAGCUAUUAAAUUAAUGUAAGCGAUUGUAGUGCAUAAUUUACAAACAUUACUUUGGUGAAAAAUUCCACUAUACAGCUUUUUGUAUGUAGUUUGAAUUUAAUAGGGUGCUAAGGGAAUUUUGGGAACUGUAUUUCUUUUUCC